AUUUCUGUCCUUCACUGGAUAAAAACAAUAAAAGAUCCAGCAAAUUGGAUUCUCCCUUUUUCCCCUAGCACACACCUAUGUGCAAAGGCUGUUGAGACAGAAGCUGAUUAGGAAGCUUAUUUGAGGGAACCUAACUCAAUUAGUGGAUCUUGGCUCAAAGGAAGUAUGUUGGUCCAUCUUUGGCUUCUUUGCAGUCUCACUGCUGUUGCUACAUCACAGGAUACAACACAAGAGGCCAGAAACUUUUUGUCUCAAUUCAAUGUACGAGCAGAAGAUCUAUCUUAUGCAAGUUCACUUGCCUCCUGGGACUAUAAUACCAACAUCACAGAUGAGAACGCUGAAAAGAUGAAUGAAGCAGGAGCCAAAUGGUCUGCAUUCUAUGAUGAAGCAUCCAACAAUGCCAGCAAGUAUGCAAUAGAUAAAAUUACGGAUCCUAUUGUCAAACUCCAACUUCAGUCUCUUCAGGACAAAGGAACAUCAGUGCUAUCUGAGGAAAAAUACAGUGAACUAAAAACUAUUUUAAGUACAAUGAGCACCAUCUACAGCACUGGGACUGUGUGUAAACCUGAUGAUCCAUUUAACUGCUUGCCGCUGGAGCCAGGGCUAGAUGCUAUUAUGGCUAGCAGUACUGAUUACUCUGAGAGACUAUGGGCAUGGCAAGGUUGGAGAGCUGAAGUUGGCAAGAAGAUGAGACCAUUAUAUGAACGUUAUGUUGAGUUGGAAAAUGAGGCCGCAAGACUUAAUAAGUAUUCUGACUAUGGAGAUUACUGGAGAGGAAAUUAUGAAGUAGAUAAUUCCCCAGAAUAUGCCUACAGCCGUAAUCAGCUGAUUGAAGAUGUGGAAACGACAUUUGAGCAGAUAAAACCUUUAUAUCGGGAGCUACAUGCUUAUGUGAGGUACAGGCUGGAGAAUGUCUAUGGCUCAGACCACAUCAGUUCAACAGGAUGUCUUCCUGCUCAUUUACUCGGUGACAUGUGGGGUAGAUUUUGGACUAAUUUGUAUGCCUUGACAGUCCCCUAUCCGGACAAACCAAACAUUGAUGUAACUUCUGAAAUGGUUAAAAAGAAUUGGGAUGCAACAAAAAUAUUUAAGGCUGCUGAGGAUUUUUUCAUCUCUGUUGGCCUCUAUGAAAUGACUGAAGGCUUCUGGAACAACUCUAUGAUUACAGAGCCUAACGAUGGCAGAAAGGUUGUUUGCCAUCCGACAGCUUGGGAUAUGGGAAAAAAGGAUUAUAGGAUCAAGAUGUGCACUGAAGUGAGUAUGGAUGACUUCUUGACAGCACACCAUGAGAUGGGGCAUAUAGAGUAUGAUAUGGCAUAUUCCAACCUCUCUUAUCUGCUGAGAAGUGGUGCUAACGAAGGAUUUCAUGAAGCAGUAGGAGAAAUCAUGUCACUGUCUGCAGCUACUCCAAAGCAUUUGAAAUCACUUGGCCUUCUAGAAUCUACUUUUCAGGAAGACAACGAAACGGAUAUCAACUUCCUACUCAAACAAGCCCUCACUAUUGUUGGAACAAUGCCUUUUACUUACAUGCUAGAGAAGUGGCGAUGGAUGGUAUUUAGAGGUGACAUUCCAAAAGAUGAAUGGAUGAAGAAGUGGUGGGAGAUGAAGCGAGAAAUAGUGGGUGUGGUUGAACCACUGCCUCACGAUGAAACAUACUGUGACCCAGCUGCUCUGUUCCAUGUGGCCAAUGAUUACUCUUUCAUAAGAUAUUACACAAGGACCAUUUAUCAAUUCCAGUUUCAGGAGGCACUUUGCAAGGCUGCUAACCAUACAGGCCCUCUUUACACAUGUGACAUUACUAAUUCCACGACAGCUGGUCACAAACUGCGGGACAUGCUUGUCUUAGGGAGAUCACAGCCCUGGACCCAGGCACUAGAAAGUAUAACAGGAGAAAAGAAGAUGAAUGCAACACCCUUGCUCCACUACUUUGAACCUUUACAUCAGUGGCUGAUAAAGAACAAUAGUGGCAGAUCUGUUGGCUGGAACCCAUUCUGGACUCCAUUUGUUGAAUCUGCCAGUUGGGAGAGGCAACAGGCAAUGUCUAUGGCCCUGGAACCCAGCAAUUCUCUCAAUGCAAUCAAAGUAAGGAUCAGUCUGAAAUCAGCACUUGGGAACAAUGCAUACAAAUGGGAUGAAAAUGAAUUAUACUUGUUCCAAGCAUCGAUUGCCUAUGCCAUGAGGAAGUAUUUCUCAGAGGUCAAGAACCAGACUGUCUCAUUCCAGAGCACAGAUAUCAAAGUAGAGAAUGUAACACAAAGAAUCUCCUUCUAUUUUACUGUCAGAAUGCCGGGUAAUAACACUGACAUCGUUCCCAAAACUGAGGUGGAAACAGCCAUCAGAAUGUGUCGGGGACGAAUCAAUGAGGCUUUCAAGCUGGAUGACAAAACUCUGGAGUUUGAGGGUAUUCUUCCAACACUGGCACCACCUUAUGAACCACCUGUCACUAUCUGGCUAAUACUGUUUGGGGUGGUCAUGGGCGUAGUUGUGAUUGGAGUCAUUGUCUUGAUCAUCACUGGGCAGAGAGACAGAAGAAAGAGAAGGAAAGCAGCCACAAAUGAAUUAUUACAAACCAACCACAUCAACCCUGAACCUGAGGAUGGAGAAGUCAAUCCGGCUUUCAAACAACAUGAAGAGCAGCAAACAUCAUUUUAGAAAAUAAUGCAAAUUCUCUAUUUAAUUUUUUGUUUUCAUUUUAGCUUUAACAACAAUGCAUUGGAAAGGCCAAAAUACUUCAGAUGUCAUUAAACAUUAUGGGUUCUGAUAUUUUCAAGCAGUUGCCCAUGUGCAGCCCAAGGCAAGCAAAUGACUUGUUUGCCAUCUCUGUGUUCAAUCGGUGGUGUACAAAUACACAAGAAAUACAUUGUGUGUAGUUCUUUCAUUAAAUAUAUUUUUCAUAUCGCACUGCCACUCAUGCUGCUAUCCGUCAACCAGCUAUUUGCAAUUUCUCUGUGUUUCCUCUAUACUCUAUUUCCAAAGGUUUUUAACUUAGCUGUUUCUAGACCAAGAGCAGAUAUAUAAGAAGAACUGAAAAAGAAAGUGCUUCCUCCAGAUGACAAUGAAGCUGUCCAACAGGAAGAAGGAAAAUCAGAAUUUAUCAGGAGAGUGAGCUGAAAAAAAGACCUAUUAGUCAGUGGACACACACUGAGCACCUGAGGAACCUCAGCUUUGGAGGACACAGUUUGAAAUUACAUGAGUUUUUGCACCUUCAAAGUACCUGACUCCAUAUUAAACCCAAAACAUAAAUUAAAAGAAGAAACAAAUAGGAACUUGAACUUUAUUAAAAUGUUGUUGCAUAUGUAAUUUGCCCAGUUGGUUGGCCUGGUAAGUAUGGUGUUGAGGUCAAAGAGCAAAUGUUCCCCCUCCAAAAUAGCUUUUUGGGUUAUGCUUCCAGCUGAAAAGAAAACCUAUUGUAUAAUGUGUGUUUUGGAAUAAACUACUCUAAGAUCAAA